GGUGUCGAUCGUCGUCCAUUGACGGCCAGCUGAUUUGAGUUGACAAUAAAAUGUUCCGGUUCUUCGUUUUUAAGUUUAUUUAAAUGUUUUCGGAAGAAGUGCCGCAACUUUUCUAAUGCCAUAUAAACUGUAGAUAAUAAUGGAAACACAAAAAUGGCCAUCCCAACGCCCAUUAAUUGCAGAAAAAUGUCCAGAAAAAGCAGAUGACUACAUGAACAAUGGUAGCAGUUUCAACAACCUGCUGGAAAAUGUCGAAGGAAAUAGUAAUAGUGAGAAUUCCAGAAAUUUAAAUAACGAUUCUCGGGUAAAAAAUGUUGUUGAAACGGCUAUUAGUGAAAAGUCCAGAAAAACUAUUGAUAAAAUCUUAGAGGAAGUAAAAAAUUUAACACCUGUAGAGUUGCUGUUUCUUUACUUAAAAUUACCUACAGAAUGCAGCAAUUCAAUUAAUCCUCUCCAAAAACCACUUAAUCCAUUGGGAAGCAGAUCAGAAAUUAAUCAGACCAUAAUGUGGAUUAAAACCCAUUUGGAAGAAGAUCCCGAGUUAUCGCUACCUAAACAAGAUGUUUAUGAUGAAUAUCGGUCGGAGUCGAAGAGUCGCAGUAAAAAGUGCAAGGUGCAACAAAAUCAACAGGUGACAUGUACCGGAAGCGGUGGUCCGAAUACAUCUCCCAACAGCGGCACCGUGUCAACAGCUACAAAUGACGCCAAUCAAACUUCACCUGAGGGCCUCGGACCAGUCUGUGAUAAAUCACUAGCGUUACCUGACUUUCGCAGUUUGCAGAAGUCUGUCGUCGAAAUGGGGACGACCGAUACCUUAUGUGAUCUUUCGGGUGAUAAAGUUGAAAAGGCAUUGAAUAGUGAGAACACCGCAAACGUAUCUAAUUUUGGACUUAAAGAUAACCAUACAGGAAAGGUACCUAUACCUCGGAUAAAUUCGAGUGUAAAUAAAGUUUCGCCAGUAGUAUCUCCCAAGAGAGCGAAAAAUGCAAAGUACAAAAUGAUUCAGCCUAAAUCAGAACCAUGUGAUAUUGCAUCGUACAACCCGCAUGCCACUUUCGGCACUGUGGACCAUCGAUCUCAAGAUAAUAUUAACAAUAGUCAAUGCACGGCACGUAAAGUGGGCGGCAGGAGGCUAAAAACGGUCGAGAAACCGGUCGAAGUGAAAACCGAAGAGAAAAUCGAUCAACUGUGUACAGUUGAUUUCCCUAUCACACGAGAACGUUUGAUAAGCAUCAGUCAAGUCGAUAAAGACGCGUUGGACGAUUAUUUAGGAACCAACAACAGUCAGGAGCACGAAGAAGAACUUAUGAAGUAUUUCGAAAACGAACACUUGGAAAAAGAACAGUCCACCAAACUAUCACAAUUGAGACAACUAUUAGAAAGUAACGGUCAUCACGCCAGUAAAAGAGACGAUACUGACGCUAGAAUUAACUUGGUUUCACUUUUGAAUUCUUCUAAUCAAAGUGCAUUUACUAAAGCACCAGCAGCAAACGAUCAGGACAACGACGUAUUGUCUCCCGUUAUUCCGCAAGCGAUCCCAAUUCAGAAUUCUCUGCAGGUGUCUUCAUCUGGUCAGCACCUAAGUGCCCGUAGACGAGUUAGUAUUGACACCACUUCUUCUUCCCACAUCGAAGAUACCGUGCCUCCCAGUCCUAGUACGCGACGAAAGAAUUUCAGUUUCAUGCCAAUCUCACCCGGACCAGUCUCUCCCGGUGGUGGUAGACAAUCGAAAUCGUCCAGCACAACUGCAAGUCCCUUCGUUAGUCCUAGAAACACGCCUGUUCCCAGGUCAAAAACUAACAUGCAUCAGUGUUCAGUGAGCUCGUUUGUUUCGGGAGUCUGUGCCGCUCCUAUUCAGAAAAAGCAAAACGCGUCAAAGUUGCCUUUAAAAAUAAAACAGGAAGUUGAUUUUCAAAUGGAUUCGGAGAAGCAGUUAACCAUAUCGACCAACGUUCCUAACUACAUGGCCAUGUCCGCGCCGCCCAGUCCGAAAGUAAAAUCGAAAAAUACAUCAAACCUUUUACAACAACUACUGAAUUCUAAACGCAGAGUAUCUUACGCACAACCAGACGGCGUAAACGUUCACAAUUCACUUAUAACGAAGUUUAAUGAACCACUGUGUGCUGAGGUGACCCAAUUGUUAACCGGAAACAAUCCGACAAUCGCGCCAGAAGUGGGUUUCCGAUCUCAGUCGGUUCCACUCCAUCAAAUGUCACUAAAAUCAGAAAUGAAUGCUCUGACUUCUCCUCUGACUCCAAACAACUGCAUUACUCAAUUUCCAUUUAGCGUCGAUAGUAGCUCUGUGAGCAACACCCCGAUUCCAAACGAGUUCAAUGACUUUGAUACGUUUUCGGGAGGUGCAGAUAACAUAAACAUGAACAAGAUCUUAAACGAAUUAGAAAACGAAAACGUCGUACCAAUAUCGGAAGCCGACACGUUAAUGCAACAUGCCGAAUUCGGGAAUAUGGAUAUCUCGCUCAACAACAAUCUGGCCUCUUUAAAUAUCGGACGUGACGGGUUUGCCCUCGACUUCGCACAAGACACUGGUCAGGGAGAGGCGGAUUUAAAUUCGAACCUGAAAGUUGUGGUGCCUCUCGCCCCCAUCGACAUUGAAGCUACAUUAAAAUACAACCCCUCUAGAUCGGUACCCGGCACCCCGUUACCUUACUGCCAUUCCAAAAAUGAUGUCGCAAAAAAUUAUCGUUCAUAUCCAUCAACUCCACUGGCUACAACAGAAACGUUCACGUACAGUACAGGACACGAUUACUUGCUAAAUGGGCAACCUGUGAAAGAGAAACUAGAAGAGGAAAUGAAUGCCGAUUAUUUACCGAAUCCUGACAGUCAAGACAUCUACAGUUUUAACGUGACCGAUGCCGGAAUAUUGUUGAGCGACAAUAAAACCGAAUUUAACUUCGAAGGGCAGCUUUCUGAAGACAGUUUUGGUGCUAAGAAUGAUGUAAAUCCUAUUUUAGGGGAUAACUGUGUUAUUAUCAACAGUUACGAUUUUAGAAACGUGACUGAAUAAUUACUAUUAGAAUAUUGGAGUUUUUUCCGUACAUUCUUCAUUUUAUUUUCUAUUUUUUUUCUCGAUGCGAUUUCUGUUUUGCUGUCACCUUUUAAUUAUUAAAUUUUAUUAUUAAACUUCUAGUUGAUUCUUGCCAAAAAAAAGUCUACACGGUUAUUUUGUUAUUAAUGUUUAGUUUAAUCGCUACUGACAUGGCCAAAAAAAAUUCGAAUAUAUUUAUAUAGUUAUUAUUACUAAAUAUAUGUACCUAAAUGCGUUAUGUANU